AUGGACGAGGCAGCUUUGCAAAUCCGCGCAUCUCUCAUCUCCCAAUCCCUACCACCCCCGUCGCAAACCUGGCUCUCCAACCUCUUGUCCACGCGCCCAAAGCCACUGCCACCCCUGCCCUCCCUCACGGCAACCGCAAAAGCCCGCCUCCUGGCCGCGGACCUGACCUCCCCGGGCCUGCUCGACCGGGCCGGGACGUCACCCUUUCCACCCUCCGCCGCCGACCCAGAGACCCGAGAAACCUGCCUGACCAGGGACGUGGUUGUGCAGGUCCUGGACGUCGAGAACCUGAGCCGCAGCCGCUGGGAGCAGGUCGAGGAGCUCGAGGCUGUGGCGCGCGGCGAGCUGACCAAGGGCAGGCAGAUCAUCCGGCUGCGCGAGGACGGGGCCGAGGAGGAUGGUGAGGGUGUGGGUGACGUGCCGCCCGAGGAGGGCGCACGGCGGCAGCAGCAGCAGCAGCAGCAGCAGCAGCAGGCGGGCGGUGGUGCCGCUGCGAGGGCGACCGCCGGAGGACCGGCCGUGAGCGACAAGAACGCAACGCACAAGUUAGUCGUGCAGGACUGUGCCGGGAACAAGUUCUUUGCGCUGGAGGUGAGGCGGGUCGAGCGCCUGGGCAUCGGCAAAACGAACAUCGGAGAGAAGAUGUUGAUCAGGGCCGGGACGGUCGUCGCAAGGGGCACGGUGCUACUAGAGCCGGAAAAGUGUGUCGUCCUAGGCGGGAGGGUUGAGGCUUGGCACAAGGCUUGGUUGGAUGGGAGGCUCGCAAGGCUGAAAGAGGCUGCGGGCGCUUCCGCCACGGAACAUGGACAUUGA